GGGAGCAAAACGAGGAAGCCCCAGAGGAGGAGGAGGGAUUUUGCGUCCAUGCCGGAAGGGAAACACUUCUGUGGUCCAGGAUAUUAGCCUGAGAGAUUUGCAGGGCGGCUGGAAGAGGUGGGGGAAUCCCACUGUUGCAAUUUGAGUGUCCAGCAUUGCAAAAGGCUCAUUAUGGCCGCGGAUCUGCCCCCCUCUUUCUCGGUCCAGCUGGUGGAAGAACCCAGAUUGUUGAAGCUGAAGAAGAUGUUUGUCUCUAAAUUUCAAUCAGCCCCCAAGUUUUAUGCUCGAGCGCCGGGGCGCGUCAACUUAAUAGGAGAGCAUAUUGAUUAUUGUGGCUACGCUGUGCUUCCAAUGGCUAUUCAGCAAGAUAUACUUAUAGCAACUGAACCUCUAAGCACUCCAGUUAUCCAUUUGGCUAAUACAAACCCUUUGUACAGGGAUUUUAGCACUAAUGCUAACAACGUUGAGAUUAAUCAAGCCAAACCUUUGUGGCACAACUAUUUCCUGUGUGGAUUCAAAGGAAUUGAGGACUAUUUUAGUCUUGACUGCCCAAGUGGAAUGAAUUGCCUAGUAGAAGGUAGCAUCCCGGCAAGUUCUGGUCUGUCUAGUUCCAGUGCUUUGGUCUGCUGCGCAGGACUGGUGACACUUCUGGCAAAUGGAAAAACUCUUCCAAAGGUGGAACUGGCCGAACUUUGCGCCAAGAGCGAACGUUACAUCGGCACGGAAGGCGGCGGCAUGGACCAAUCCAUCUGCUUCCUCGCGGAGAAAGGAACUGCCAAGCUGAUAGAGUUCAGGGGUCCUUUCUGAGGGCGACACGUGGACGCCAGGCUCUGUCCAGCAGGAGUGGCGUUUGUUAUUGCAAACAGUUGCGUUGAAAUGAACAAGGCAGCGACUUCUCAUUUCAAUAUCAGGGUGAUGGAGUGUCGUCUGGCCGCAAAGCUUUUAGCAAAAUCCAGAGGCCUGCAUUGGAAAGCAAUGGCAAAGCUACAGGAUGUGCAAGUCGCAUUGAAACUAAGCUUGGACGAAAUGCUGACCGCCGUUGAGGAAGUAUUUCACCCGGAGCCUUACAGCAUCGAGGAAAUUGGAGAACUCCUCGAAAUGAGCCCCAAAGAGCUGCGUGUCCAAAUCCUCAGUCAAAACACACAAGACGUGACCAUCUUUAAAUUGUACCAGCGUGCUAAGCAUGUGUACAGCGAGGCUGCCAGAGUUCUAGAGUUUAAGAAGAUCUGCGAGGAGGCCCCCGUGGGUGCCGUCCGGUUGCUGGGGGAUUUGAUGAACCAGAGCCACGCCAGUUGCCGAGACCUCUACGAAUGCAGCUGCCCUGAACUGAAUCAGCUGGCGGACAUCUGUCUGCAGUUUGGAGCGGUUGGAUCGCGCCUGACCGGGGCCGGAUGGGGUGGCUGCACAGUGUCAAUGGUUCCUGAAGACAAGCUGGAGAGAUUCCUAGCAAACGUAAAAGAGGCUUAUUACAAGAACAGUGACCAAAGGUUAGCAAUGGAAGAAAACAGUUUGUUUGCUACCAGCCCAGGCGGUGGAGCUGCGGUAUUCCUUGAGGCCUAAAGGAUGCCAGAUUUUUUUAAAAAAAGAUUCGGGGCAUUGGGAAAUUGGCAGGACUUCUCUGCCACAAUAAACCUUUUUUUAUUGUAAUAGGGAAUAGCCAUGAUCAUGAUGCAUUCUCAGAAUUAAAUAUAGCUGUAAUAAUUUUCA